CUCCUUUCCGGUUCCUUCGCGGGAGGCCGGGCUGCCUUCUGUGGUCUUGCUUCUCGGGAAGCAUUUCCGGUCUCAGGGAGCAGAGGUCUGUGAUAAGAAAACUUUAUUUCUCUCCUGCACGGCAUCCGGAACCUAAAGGACUUACCCUUGGCCAACCUGAUGGUGGGAAGAGUUAGAGGGACGGACAAGGAGAGAGGCGUGGCCGGGAGACUUCCGGGAGAGCGCCGGAAGUACGGUGUGCGACUCAGGCUGACACGCGCCGUUCUCCUCGCCGUCGGACUUGCGAAAGUCUGACGGGAACCGGAGGCGUAGGAGACCCGAGUCCAAGACGACUCCACUGUCGUGACCGCCGACAAGUCCUUUUUCUGGGCUUUCAUUGGCUCAGCUGCGAAGUGAGUCGUGGACGAGUCGAUCUCAGCGUCCAGCCUGGAGAGCGGGGUCUUUUCAGGCAGCGCCCGUGGGAUUCGAGGGCCAGAGAUAAAAGGCCUCUCCCCAUCUUCAAAACAGUCGUGCACUCUGAGCCUGCCAUCCAAGAAACUCAGGAGGAGGAGUUGAUAGUCUCUGCAUCCCUCACCGCCCUGGAACAGGACCCAACAUGUCUCAGGCCACCAAGAGGAAGCAUGUGGUGAAGGAGUUGCUGGGGGAGCACAUGGUGCCCUCCGACCAGCAGCAGAUCGUGAGGGUACUCAGGACCCCAGGGAACAAUCUGCAUGAGGUGGAGACAGCCGAGGGGCAGCGCUUCCUGGUGAGCAUGCCCUCCAAAUACCGCAAGAACAUCUGGAUCAAGAGAGGGGACUUUCUCAUUGUUGACCCUAUUGAAGAGGGAGAGAAGGUGAAGGCCGAGAUCUCCUUUGUGCUCUGCAAAGACCACGUGCGCUCUUUGCAGAAGGAGGGGCUCUGGCCUGAGGCCUUCUCCGAAGUGGCUGAGAAACACAACAACCAGAACAGACAGGCUCAGCCAGAACUCCCAGCUGAGCCACAGUCAUCGGGAGAAGAGUCCAGCUCUGAAGGUGAUGCUGACCUUUUUGUUAACACCAACCGCAGACAGUGUCAUGAGAGUGAGGAGGAGAGUGAAGAAGAGGAGACAGCCUGAGACCCCGGGACCCUCUUCUCCUCCUGCUCAGGGAAUAGUCCUUGGCUGCUCUGAGCUUGGACAUGCCCAGGAGCCUCUGUGGAUCUUUCCCCCUGGAUGGGGACAAGGCAGGGCCCUUCUCUGAACUGACUUUCUGACAUAGGAGAAUUAAACCCCUGGUGGGUGGUGACUUACGCUGGUGUCGGAGUGGCUCUUUGGAGGAAGGAGGGACAUGUGGUAAAGUUAAAAACUGCUCCUAGGUGGUGUCCUUAUGGGCAGGUGGGCUGAAUGGGCAGGAAAUGGGAAAUGGCUGGACUCUUUCCUAGUUUCUCCCUCUCUCGUCGGGCACUUAGUAAGUGCCAGGCCAUGUGUGCUUCCUUGCAUGUACUUAGUAACUGGGAGCAUUUCCACCUCAUUGCCUGCUUGCAGUUAGUACCGGUUCAGGCAUUCAGGAUCACAGUGGGGCUUAGUGCCCAUCUGCCUUUACGAGACCCUCAGGAUGAAUUUCACAGUGCCUCGUAAGCUGUUCUCCCUGCCUUUCUAGUCACUUGUGACUGCAGGAGCGCCCACCUCCAUGCUGCUAUGUACAUCCCCUGGUUGGUGGCCUCCUCAUGGCUACUCAGACCAUCACUCCUCAGCCCUCGUGCAAACCACAUCAUCCCAUUUCUCCUUGGAAGCUUUUUACCUCUGACUGUACAUUCUCCCUCUUCAUUGCUGGCAUUCACCUUUUAGUCACUGCUCAGACGUUGAAGUUUACCUCCUGGCUUAAAGUCUUCUACUCUUGCUUCCAUCAUUGUUUUUCUACAUCCCAUGGAUGGGCCCGUUCAACGCUAUGGCCACCUAGGUCCUUGAUGUCCCCAUCACUAAUGCCCUUGUCUUCUAUUUCAGGCCUGUUGCCUAUAUCUGUAGUCACUCUCUGGACCCCUGACGUCACUAGAAAUUGCAACGCCAUUUGAAUUCAAAAACCUGUACAAUCACCACCUCCAGGCCUCCUUGCUCAACUACCACCCCGCCCGCCCCCCAUAGAAAUUCUUUAUCUUCAUCUUCCAGCCCUGCCACAUUCUCACCAUCAUUCUCCUAUCUUCACUUCCUUCCCUGUGCAGCAUCAAUUCCGUGGUCUACACCCUGUACUCCCUUUCUUCCUCCAUCGUGUUCAUCUAGUAAAACCUAACCUUGGGUCAACCCAGUCAUUCACCUCUGUGCCUGUACGCAAGUAACUGUUAGAGAAAAUAGCCAACCUGGUUCAUUAGUUUUACCUUAAAUUCGUAAUUACAAACCUCAGAUGGCCAUGCAGCACUGCCUGGCAGAUCUACCCUGGGAUGUCGUAUUAGAAAACUUUUUUUUUUUUUUUACCAAAUCCCUCUUAGCCUGAUAGUUACAGACUGCAGCUCAUUCUUCAUUAAGAAAUAGUAACCAUUGGAGGGAACUUUUACCUCUCUGUUACCAACCCUACAACUGUGCUCAUGGAUCUUCCUGUCAUUUUACUGCCCAUUGUAAUCCAGUGGGACUUAAGCCUUUCCUCUCGUGCUUUGGAGCCUGUCUCUCUUUACUUAAGGAGUUUUUGUGAGUUUUGGUUUUUGUCAUCCUGUGUACUGGGUAUGUUAGCAUCAAAGGUGCUAUACAAUCUCCCAUCUGAAAAACAACCAGAAAAAAAACCUGUCACUGAUCCCACAUCCUCUCCAGCUACCACUUCAUUUACCUGCUCCUCAUUCACUCUCUUACGCUUGCUUAGUGUAGUCUUAAAUACGUAUAUACACGUGUGUGUAUGCUUACAUGUGUACAAACGCACGUAUAGAAAUGUGUGUAUAUACAUUCGUGAGCAAAAAAUUAACCAGGUAAGUUGAAGAUGUGAGUGUAUUUUUAACUCAUCUGAAGUUUAUUUUUGUAUGGAAGAUGGCUAAUUUUUUUCCCUAAAGGGCUAGCCACUUGUCCCUGUACCAUUUAUUGAGUGGUUCGUUCUUUGCUCACUGGUUCAAAAUACCUUUUUUAAAAUAAAUGAAAUUCCUGCAUAUAUAUGGAUCUCUUUGGAAUCUGGCACACUGAUUGUGUGUGCACGCGCCAUAUUUUAUAGCAUGAUUGAUAACUCAUUCUCCCUCACCCUUGCCCCAUCGUUCCUGGGAAUUUUCCUGUUUUCUUUUACAUAAAAACUUUAGGAUGAACUGGUCAUUGCAUUUAAAAGUUCUGUUGCAAUUUCCAUUGGCGUGGUUUUAAAUCUCAUAGUUUGAUUUGGAGAGGAGUGGUACUUAACGGUUGUUUUUGAUCUUCCUAUAGAGAAAUUAGUUAUGUGUGUUCUUUUAUAAGAUGUUAUCUUCUGGGAAUUCCCUGGAUGUCCAGUGGUUAGGACUCCACACUCCCACUGCAGGGGGCACUGGUUUGAUCCCUGGUUGGGGAACUAAGAUCCUGCAAGCCAUGCGGCCAAAAAAAAAAAAAAAUGUUGUCUUCAUAUGGGUCUAGUUCAAUGUAGUCUUAAGAAUUUUAGAGCUAUUUGUUGUUAUCAAUGUGUUCUUUUGAAAUUACAUUUCCAACUAUCACUGGCAGGUAGGAAAGCUGUCCGUCUCUGUGUGCCCACCUAUUUAUCUAACUGAAUUCUCAUUAGUUCUAAGAGUUCUUCAGUUGAUUCUCUUGGCUUUCUGGAUAGAGUGUCAAAUCAUAUUCUACCAGCGGCAGUUUCAUCCUGUCCUUUACACUCAUUUCUUUUCCUUGUGAAUUGUGGAGGCCAGGACUUCCAGUAUAAUGUUGAAUGGCACCCUUGUUUGUUCCUCUCUUAGUGAGAAUUGUUCUCAUGUUUCAUCAUGAAAUAUUAUUCUUGCUUUGAGUUUCUGGUUGAUAAACUUCAUUAGGCUGAAGAUGUUUCCUUCUGUACCCAACUUACUGAGUGUUUUUUUCCUGUAUUCAACAGUGAUGAAUUUUGACAUUUAUGAGAUAGUCAAAAGAUUUUUUUUAUUAUUGCACUGAUUUACAUGAUUAGGUUUCCUGGUGUUGAACCAUUCUUGAAUUCUGAUGUAAACUCUGCUUAGUUUUAUAUUUAUUUAUUUAGGAUUUUUGUGUCUAUCCUUGGGCCAAUUUCAUUUUUUAUUUUAAUGAUUUCUGUGUCCCAUUUUGACAACAGCAUUAUGCUAGCCUUGUAGAAUGGGUUUGGAGACAUUUAAUCUUUUUCUUUGGACUGGAGUAAUUUAUAGAAAAGGAGUUGUUUUGGGACUUCCCUUGUGGCACAGUGGUUAAGAAUCCUCCUGCCAGUGCAGGGGACACAGGUUCAAUCCCUGGCCCAGGAAGAUCCCACAUGCCGCGGAGCAGCUAAGCCCAUGCGCCACAACUACUGAGCCUGCGCUCUAGAGCCUGCGAGCCGCAAUUACUGAGCCCUCGUGUCACAGCUACUGAAGACCGUGGGCCUAGAGCCCGUGCUUCGCAACAAGAGAAGCCCCUGCGACGAGAAGCGUGCAUACUGCAAUGAAGAGUAGCCCCGCCUCGCCACAACUAGAGAAAGCCUGUGUGCAAGAAUGAAGACCAAAUCUAGCCAAAAAUAAAUUUAUUAAAAAAAGUAUUUUUUUUAAAGAAAAGGAGUUGUUUCUUCAGGGUUUGAUUGAAUUUUAAUUAUAAAAUCUGUGCUUGAUUCCUUUUUUAAGGGUAGAUCUUUGCCUUGUAAUUUUUCUGUGGCAUUUUAUUCAAGUUUUCUAUCCUUGAGUCAGUUUUGAUAAUGUAUAUAUUUUUAGAAUUGUGUGUUUUUUGUAUAUUUAAGCCUUUUUUUGCAAAACAUCAUGCGUACUAUUUGUAUCAUUUGGGACUGUCUUACUUAAAAGUGACAAAAGUCUAAUUCAAACCAGCAGAAGCAAACAAGAGCUCAUUGUUCUGCAGUCUCAGGGCAGAGCUUUAGGCAGAGCUGACCUAGGCCAGCAUAAUUUCGUCAGGGCUCUCAUUUAUUUCUUGGAUUGUCUGUGCUCCUCUUGGUUCAGCAAUCUCUUUCUCCCUAUAGGUUUUUUCUUCAGGAAGCUCCAGUUUGCACUUGGUCCUGACAGACAAAGAGUUACUUCUUCAGGAUCCAUGAACUUCAGGGAAGACCGACUGGUCUUGCUCUGGUCACUUGCCCUCUCCUGGCAACCACUCUGGCCAGGGCUGAGUAGGGGGAAUAAGGGGAGGCGAGAUGAACCUCCCUGAUCCAUAUGACAUGCGUUUCCCAGGGAAUAGAGAGGUUCUUUUACCCAAAAAGGGGGCAAGGGGUGAGAGCAGAUAAAACAACAAACAUUUGUGGCUUUUGUUUUGGGGAGGGUUUUUUUUUGGCCAUACUGUGCAGCUUGUGAGAUAUUAGUUCCCCAACCAGGGAUUGAACCCCAGGGCAGUGAGAGCACCCCGGAGUCCUAACCACUGGACUGCCAGGGAAUUCCCAAAACAACAAACGUUGUCCUGAAUUCUGUGUAUUUUGUUUUCUUUGACUAGCUUUGCAAGAUACCUGUCUACUUUAUUAGCCUUUUCCUUCUGUUUCUUUGGGGUUAUGUGCUCAUUCUGACUUCUUGGGUUGUAUGCUUAAUUAAUUUCAGACUUGUUUUCUAGUACAUUUAGGACUAAGAAUCUUCUUUUAAGUACUCCUUUGUUUCCUGCUUUUUUUUUUUUGGCCGAGCCGCAUCGCUUGCGGGAAUCUCAUUUCUCCGACGAGGGAUUGAACCCAGGCCACGGCAGUGAAAGCACUGAGUCCUCACCACUGGACCAGCAGGGAAUUCCCUGUUUCCCAUUUUAUCGGGUGUACUUGUGUGAUUUGGGGGGGCAUUGUAUCUAAGCAUGGCCUUCUGUUUUUCUCCAGCCCUCAGUGAUUCUGUGAUCUACCUAAUAACCUCUUUUUUCUUCCUAAAACCUUUUAAUCUCGACUUCCUCUCAUCAGCCAUUCAACUCCUGGGGGUCAUACCUAGGAAUUCUGAUGGAGGUAGAGUCCUUGUAUUCUGUAUACUGUUCCCCUUUGUCAUUCUCCAAAGUUGAAUUCCACCUCUAUUCUCCCAACUUAGUAGUGGAGUCCAACCAUAUAUGAAUAGAUGUCCCCGAAUGAGCUGGCUUUUAGGAGCCCUCCUUCCCCAAUGCCAAUGCCAGUCCAUGUGAUCUGUUGCCUAAUAGUACUGACCCCUGCUGCAGUUAGGUUUAAGACUUGUAGCCCGCCAGACUCCACACGUCUAUCACUUUACGACCAACCUUUACAGCCAGGUCAUGUCCAUCGGAGCCCCCCCAAUGCAGCCCAGCUCGCUUUCCUCCCUUGUCAUCCAGCCACACGUACAUGUGUGCCAAGGAGCACCCAUGGCACUCUGAGCUAGCCGCAUGGUUUUUCUCUUGUAAUAUGUAAACGUGGUGAGAUAUCUUGACACAGUUUCUCAUGUUAAGACAUCUUUGCAUUCCUGGAAUAAAAUAGCCAUGAUACAUU